GCGGGGAGGCACCGUGCCACGGUUUGUGUUUGCGAUGUCAAAAAGUUACACAAGCCAGCGUUGAGGAGGUUGUACAACAGGCUGGUUUACCCACACCCACCAUUCACUUAUACCUGGCCCACGUGUGAACACGGAGCGUCCUCUGGCGGGAUCGUCAUAAACACCCAGCGCGUGGCCGUGGCUCCAGUGUGACAGACGCGCCCACGCCUUCCCUCCCGUGGGUAACAGUCGUGAGAGAAACACGGUUUGAUUUGCGUUUCAGGGACCCGCAAAAGUGUCGGAGGAGCAGGAACCUCGGCGCGUUGACGUGAUUAUCUCGGACGAAACCAUCAAUCAUCAACAAACAUCUGCGCGAGUUUCGGAGCCACAGUCGUGGGCUGCGUUCACAGACCGCGGCAGGCGGACAUUUCAGCCAUGGAGCUGAGUUCGGUGAUUCUGACGACCGUUGGCUCCGUCGGAUUCUUCCGGCUGGUCAACGCUGGGGUCGGUCAGCUGCCCAUGCCCGAAUCUGCCCGCAGGAACGCGUGGAAAUGGAGAAACAUCUGCACGUCGUUCGUGCACAGCCUCAUCACGGCGAUCUGGGCAGUGCUUUGCUUCUUCCUUUACCCACAGAUGGCUGAGGAUUUGAUAGAAACCUUCUCUAUGUUUUCUCAUGCUUUGGUGUCCUUUUCGAUUGGUUACUUCAUGUACGACUUCUUUGACAUGGUGUUGAACCAGAAGCUGAAUCAGUCCUGGGAGCUGCUCUUUCAUCAUGUUGUGGUGAUCUCCUGUUUCGGCCUCUCCGUGGUGUCGUGCCGCUACGUGGGCUUCGCCGUGGUGGCGCUGUUGGUGGAGAUCAACUCGGUGUUCCUCCACCUCCGGCAGGUCAUGCGCAUGUCCAGCAUGGCCGCGGGAACGCUGUACCGGGUGAACAGCAUGACCAACCUGGGCACGUACGUGGUGUUCCGCAUCAACACGCUGGCCUGGAUGACGCGCUGGCUGGUGCUCAACAGGGACAAGGUGCCGCUGCUGGCCUACACGCUGGGCAGCGUGGGCAUGGCCAUCAUGACCGCCAUGAACAUCGUGCUGUUUUAUCGGCUGCUCAGGAGCGACUUUUUGAAGGGCAGCGCUCGGGAGGCAAAGAAAGACAAGGAGAAGGAGAUGUAGGAGAGACCAGGACGAUUCCACUCAUGAACACACGCUCUGCUGGAGUUGGGAUCCGAUCUGAGACAGAGGCCUGUUUUUACUUCCUGUUCCAUCCAUAGAUCAGAAUAGUCAUUGUGUUGAAGCUACGCUGGCUCUCAGUUGUAGCUUUGAUGAAUUGGCUCGUGUGUGUUCUACAGUCUUCCCUCAGUGCCAGUACUGUCUCCACAAUGCGAGGCCUUGUAAGGCAGAGCCUCAUGCCUUAUUCUCCCCCAGGGACGAUGAGCUGCACGUGUGUAACUCUUAUGUGUGUGAAACAAAAGCACAUACACAAUAUCUUAUAUCUAAUAUGUGUAUCCAUCCACAUCAGAUCCACACCCUGCAUGUUUAGUUAAGACUUGUCCUCAUCUUAAAAUCACCUGCUACCUCAGAGCUUCUAACUGUUCUCUGCCUCUUUCCACCGUGACAGGCCUUGCUGUCAGUAUUCAGCAGGAAAUUGAAAAGAAGAAAAUCCAGCAAAUACCAGUAAUUAAAGAGAAACUGUGCCAUUAAACUGGUAUUUAUUUUUCUUUAUUCUGAAUAUUUGGGUGAUGACUGUUGUUUUUGCUCUGAUUAAUCUUGCACAGCUCAGUGACAUGAUGCUGUGGUUUACAUCCAGCUACGUACCACAGACCUCUGACAUCAGUGUCCGUCAGCAGAUGAUGCUGUAUCUAAAACCUGCAUCAACGCUUUUGUAUUUGUAGCUGUUUCUGUAGCGUGAAGGUGACGAUGUACAGGCUAAUGUUCAUGUUGCCUUAAGUGGAAUCCUCACAAUCCUCAACGUCAUCUUAGCAAUUGCCUCAAAAACGCCGAGCUCUUCACACAUGUCUUUAAUUUGUGACCUCUCUGUAGAUCUGCAUCAUCUUUUCUUGCAGAUGCAGCUUCAGUACAGAUGUGUUACACACACACACACACAGCUGCCUGUUCUUCUAAUUCAUCACUGUUGUAUGGCAUCACACUGCUGUGCUCUUCAUGCAUUGUGUGGUUGAUCGGUAAAGUAAUUGGUUCAAUUGUGUAUGUAAUUUAUUUAAACUGGAAAGAAACUGGACUGGGCGCAAUUAAUGAAUUUCCCAGUGGAGAAAACAGUUGAUUAGUUGAAGUUGUUUUGUUGCUGAGAUCAUUAUUGUUGGUUACAUCACGUAGAAUAUUUUUGACCCAGUGUUUCAACAUGUGAUGUCAUGAGUGUUUGAACAUCUGACAAGUAGUGGUGCAGUUCAGAGGAAACCUACAGUAAAACCCAAAUCACAAAGUUUUUCUCAGAAUUGAAGUAGAUUCUGAACAAAACUGUUGUAGCUUAUUCAUUUUUCUUGAAUUUUUUGUAAUGUAAAUUCAUAUUCAAACUUUGUUUAGGUUGUAGUGAAGAUAUUUGAUGGAUAUUUGUGUUUCUAAAACACAUCUGUUUGUGGACAUGGUGUUCAGGCCUGUGAUGUUGAUGGAAGUUUAAAUCUAUGAACUUGUGUUCAUUAUGUUGCUGUGUGUGUUUAUCAGGUAAACCUGUACAGUAGAGCUUCCUCCUCAUUUAAACGUUGUAAUGACCUGUUGUGCUCUCUGCAGUCCAGCUCUGACCCAUUCACUGCUCAUUGUCCUCAUGCCACAGUUGGACUAGUUUUACACAGGUAGUGAACAUAAAGGAAAUGAAUUAAUGUUGGAGCUGCAGGUGAAAACUGGUUCAACAAACAGCCUCAUGUUCCUCAUCACACACUGUAAAUACAGUGAUUGACUGUGUUGGUGAAAUAAAACUCACUUUCUUGUAUAAUUUUUGAUUGGAUUUUUGUGUAGUGAUUGUUAAAUUAUGAAACUCUUUUAAUACUUAUGUAACAGCUAUGAUGACUUUAUCCUUCAACAGCAGGAAAAACCUGGAAUGUUUACUUAAACUGAACCCAACUUAGAACCAUCAGCUCAGAGAAUGUCAAAUUGUCAUUUGUCAGAAUUUUGUCUAUUAGUAAUUUAUUAUUAAUAAUAAGCUUGUUUGUUGCAGUUUUGGUAGAUUGCAAAAAUAAUCAAAUUUUUUUGUUGAUAUACUAAUACUGGUUUAACGUGAAAAUAAAGAGGAAUGAACCUUG